AUGGCAGAGGACCCGCCCACUCCCCCUGCUGCCGCGCCGGCGGGCCCGCGCCGCGCCCUCAGCCGGGCACCCACCUUCCGGGAGCAGUUUGAUUCGAUGAAGGAGGAGAUGCAGAAGCGGCUGGAGCCGAUGCUGGAGGCGGCGGGGACGGCGGCGGAGGGCAUGUCGCUCCUGCUCGAUCCCGCCACACAGAUGCAGCUGCUGGAUGAGGCGCUCGCCGAGCAGCCGCAUGCAGCGCCUGACAUCAGCACGGCUUCGGGCAAGGCUGCCGAGGCGGCGAGGGAGGCGCGGGAGGAGGUGGCGGCCGAGGCGCGGCUGCAGAAGAUGGGCGGCUCGCUGAUCGACCCGCACAAGAUCAUGCUCAAGGACAAGCUGGCCUUUGUGUUUGGCGUGGUCAACGUGGUGCUGACCAGCUUCUGGGUGGGGCGCUGGCCCUCCACCUACUACUGGUUCUGGAUGGCCAAAGACGUGGUGCUCUUCACCCUGAGGUACAUGGUGUACAAGAAGAAGGGGAUGCACUACAUGAUGCUGGAGUACUGCUACGCCGCCAACCUGGCCGCCUUCUAUUACCUCAUCUUCGCCCCACACAACGCCUUUCUGCGCAAGUUCUGCUUUGCGGUCAUGACGGGCCCGCUGAUGUGGAGCAUCGUGGCCAUGCGCAACUCCCUGGUCUUCCACGACGGCGACAAGAUCACCACACUCAUGAUGCACGCCUCCCCCGCCAUCAGCGCCUGGUGCAUGCGGUGGCACCCGCAGGCCUCGUGGACGGCCGGCAUGACCCCCGCUGAGCUGGCGGCCUUCAACAGCGCCAGCUGGGUGCAGAUGGCCAUCGUGCCGGCGGCCCUCAACGUCGUGUGGGUGGCGAUCUACUACCUGCUGAUCUUCGUGAUUGUGAACAAGCGGAUCCAGGAGCGGGGGUACCAAAACAUGUUCACUGCCAUGGUGAUGCGCCCCACGGCCCGCAAGAGCCCCCUGGCCAAGCUGGUGCUGUCGGUGCCGCAGGCAAUCCAGCCGCUGGCGUACCUGGGGCUGCACACCUUUGCCAGCUGGAUCUCGCUGGUGCCGACCAAGAUCUGGUUUGACUCCUACUGGGCCCACACCGCCAUCCUGUGCGGCAUCCUGCUGUGGGCCACAUGGAACGGAGCCAACUUUUACUUCCGGGUGUUUGCCAAGAAGCUGAUGCAGGAUCAAGUGGAGAAGCAGCAGGCAGCGGAGGCGAAGAAGGCAUCGUGA